UUUGCUAGGACAUUUGCUACUGUUGUGAAAAAUGCAGAAGAUUCUGUCGAAUAAGUUCCUUCCUUCCGAAUGUUGCAACUUUGCGUCCGUCUUCUUCUCAUGAUACGAGGCUUAGGCUUGUGAAAGAGACACUCAAACAUUGCACAAUGUUAGUCUUUGAAGAAGAAGAGCAAUACAAUGCUGCUCUACUCGCGUGCUGAAAUUUUGCGAAUUAAUUGCGAUAUUCACAGCAGCAGCAUGAGUCCAUUGAUUUGAUUUAUUAGAGAGGCAUUAGUGGUCGGAUCCAGCGCACGGUCGCAGCAGUUGCCUCGAGUGAUCUGCAAUCAUCGCGAAUUGUUGUCGAUAGUGAAUUCCAUUUUCCACGCGUCUGUCUGGAUUUCCCGCACAAUCCACCCGAUCGUGAUAUUGAGAAGGCCGAGGAAAAUCACUUUGUUCGGAUAGAAUAAGACAGUGCAAUCUUAUGGCAUCAAGGGCAAGACUGUUCAAAGAGUACAAAGAAGUACAAAGAGACAGAGGGCAGGAUUCGGAUAUUCAGCUUCUUUGUGACGAAACAAACAUUUAUCGUUGGACUGCACUGAUUAAGGGACCAACAGAUACUCCUUACCAAGAAGGUGUUUUUCAGCUUGCCAUUAAUGUGCCGGAACAAUAUCCUCUAGUACCACCACAAGUUCGUUUCGUGACAAAGAUAUUUCACCCAAAUGUUCACUUCAAGACCGGCGAGAUUUGUUUGGACAUAUUGAAGACAGCUUGGAGUCCGGCAUGGACACUGCAGUCAGUUUGCCGUGCUGUUAUUGCACUGUUGGCACAUCCAGAGGCCGACAGUCCUCUCAAUUGCGACUGCGGAAACUUGUUACGAUCGGGGGACAAUCGGGGUUAUCAGUCUAUGGCUUUGAUGUACACAAGGCUAGCAGCUGUGGCAUCCGUGCCAAACAGUUCUGCGUAAGACAACCAUCCACUGCAAUCGGCCGUCCCUGUACAUCACAGAUUGUCGACCUCUUACCUCUGUAACAUAGAGAAACCGUGGCAUACUUGGAUCUUUCGUACUUUGUUAGAAUUCUUCGAAGUAGAUCAAGAAAGGGUUGCCAAGCAUAUGAGCAAUAUCACAUAGAAGAGUGUGGCUUACAGGUCAAGUUUUUACUCUCUGCUACGAAGUCAAUCUAGCAGAGUUUGAACAGAUUGAGAAUUUGGAUGAAGAGAUGUUGACCUUCAUUUGCAAUGCUUCAUUUCUGUGAUGUAAUUUGUUUUGUCCCAGUGACGGGGCUCAUUUUCUGGUGCC